GGGAAAGACGAAAGGUGAGCCUGUCCAAGGUGUCCAAGUCAAGAAAAGAAAAAUUAAGCAAUAAAGAAAGAAAGAAAGCAGGAAGGCCUCCUUGGCAAGUUCAAAGAAAAAGAAGAAAUCCCACAGCCCUACAAACACACAUUACACAAAAGGUGUGAUAACACCAAUGUGUGCCGGUCCAAGUCUCUUGCCCAAAGAAGAAGCACAAGUUUCUGCUCAAGUCCACAGUCAACUGCCACUCCCAACACGCCUUACAUUUGUUUUAUCUUUCCCACGAAACACAAAGCAAAGCAAAGCACUUACUUUGAAAAAUCUUUUCUACAUCCCUUGAGUCUGCCAUUUCUUUUUAUUCUGUCUCCUCUUCACCUGAAACUGAGCCCAACAAACAAAAAUAUAUACAAAAUACUGCACACUUGCACAUCCAGAAACGAAAGUUCAAGUAUAGAAAAAACUAGUUGGAUAAUUCAGCUAAAAUGACAAGGUAUGUGCAGCAAAGAACCUCUCUUUUCUUGUCUUUCUUGUUCUUGUUGUUUCCAUCAGUGUUCUCUCAACUAUCUUCAAACCAGGCCAACACCAUGAUGGAUCUGUCUAAGUCACUUAACCUUUCUGAUUCGUUAUGGGAUGCUAAUAAAGACCCAUGUUCUUGGAAGGGAGUUAAUUGCAGCUCUGGCAACUCGUCAGUAACUCGUCUUUCUCUAUCUGAGUUUGGUCUCUCCAACUCUAAUUUAUUGCCAGUUGUUUGCAAGAUUGAAACUUUACAAGCCCUUGAUCUUUCUAACAACCGUUUGAGCUCAAUUUCAGAUGAGUUCAUCAAUGAUUGUGGAAGGAUUGAUGGGCUAAAGUUGUUGAAUUUUAGCAAAAAUUUGCUAAGUGGUCCUUUGCCUGCUUUUAAUGUUUUUGUUGGGUUAGAAUCUUUGGACUUGUCUUUCAAUUCUCUGUCUGGCAAUGUUAGUCUACAGGUAGAUGGAUUCCUUGCACUUAAAAGCUUGAAUCUUAGUUCCAAUAACUUCACUGGUCCUAUUCCUGUAAACCUUAGAAAGUCCUUGAUGUUGGAGGAACUUCAGCUCUCUAUGAAUAGCUUCCAAGGUACGGUCCCUCAAGAAAUUGCAAAUUAUCAGAACUUGAGCUUAAUUGAUCUCAGUGCCAAUAAUCUUGAGGGGUCGGUUCCUCCUAGGAUUGGAAAUCUCAACAAGUUGAGGAUUUUACUUCUGUCUGACAAUAAAUUGAGUGGGGAAAUCCCAGCAAACAUUUCAAAUAUCCCAACCUUGUAUCGAUUUGCAGCGAAUCAGAAUAAGUUUGGUGGUACAAUUCCCAGUGGGAUUACAAGAUAUCUUAGCUUCUUAGAUCUCAGUUACAAUAGCUUAAGAGGGCCUAUACCGACAGAUAUUUUAUCAGGGUCGAACUUGCAACUUGUGGAUUUGUCUUAUAAUCUGUUGGAAGGCUCAUUACCUGCAAAGGUAUCUGAGAGCUUGAUCAGGUUGAGAUUGGGAAGCAACAGGCUCAAUGGGUCAAUCCCUCCUUCUUUCGGGACACUUGAUAACUUGACUUACUUGGAACUGGAUAACAAUAGCUUGACCAAUGAGAUACCCCAUCAGUUGAGUUCUUGCCGUAGGUUGGCACUAUUGAAUUUGGCACAGAAUGACCUUACAGGCCCUGUACCUGCACCGUUGGGUAAUCUCGGUAAUCUUCAAGUUUUAAAACUUCAGCUCAACAAUUUGAGUGGAGAUAUCCCUUUAGAGAUCACUCAAUUACAGUUGUUGUCGACCUUGAACAUCAGCUGGAAUUCGCUCACUGGUUCAAUACCUUCUUCAAUUUCAAACUUGCAAAGACUUGCUCACCUGAACUUGCAAGGCAACAAUCUUCGGGGUCCAAUACCUGCCAAUAUCAACAGCAUGAACUCUCUGUUAGAAGUCCAACUUGGACAAAAUCAACUAAGUGGAACUAUCCCAAUGAUGCCGGUGAAAUUGCAGAUCGCUUUGAAUCUCAGCUCCAACCUCUUUCAAGGAGCUAUUCCAGAAACUCUUUCCCGACUGACGGACCUAGAAAUUUUGGAUCUAUCAAACAACAAUCUCUCAGGUGAGAUUCCAGAGUCUCUUACUGAAAUGGAAUCCCUAAAUCUGUUGAUACUCUCAAACAAUCAGCUUUCUGGGGUCAUCCCAGAUUUCAAACAUUAUGUGUCUUUAAAUGCAAGUGGAAAUUCAAGACUUAAAAAUAAUACAGCAACAAACACUCCCCAAGAAUCCCCAAAGAAGAGGAGAUCGGUUGUUGUGCCGGUUGUUGUUGCAGUUGUUGCUGCUUUUCUUGCUGUUGGCAUUGUCUCGAUUAUAGUUCUAUCAUUCUCCAGGCGCUUUCUCAAGGUUAAUGAUCAGCAGUCACAAUCAGGGGAAAAUCUUCCAUCACCUCAAGUCAUCCAAGGCAAUCUGUUGACUACAAAUGGAAUUCACAGGUCCAGCAUCGAUUUCACCAAUGCCAUGGAAGUAGCUGCUGAUCCAUUGAACAUUGAGUUGAAGACUAGGUUUUCAACAUACUAUAAAGCCACCAUGCCUUCUGGAGCAAACUACUUUGUCAAGAAGCUCAACUGGAGCGACAAGAUAUUCCAAUUGGGUAGCCACAAUAAAUUCGGACAAGAGCUGGAAGUUUUAGGGAAACUGAGCAAUUCUAAUGUCAUGACUCCUUUGGCCUAUGUAUUGACCGUCGACAGUGCUUAUCUCUUCUACGAAUAUGCUGAGAAGGGUACGCUGUUUGAUGUUCUUCAUGGUAAACUGGGAGAUACAUUAGACUGGGCAAGCCGUUACAGUAUAGCAGUUGGAGUUGCUCAAGGCCUUACCUUUCUUCAUGGAUGCUCCUCUGGUCCGAUUCUCCUCCUUGACCUUUCAAGCAGAAACAUUUUGCUCAAGUCUCUGAAGGAGCCACUAGUUGGAGACAUUGAGCUCCACAAAGUGAUUGAUCCAACAAAGAGCACGGGCAGCCUUUCUACAGUUGCUGGCUCUGUGGGCUAUAUUCCACCAGAGUAUGCAUACACAAUGAGGGUGACAAUGGCUGGGAAUGUAUAUAGCUUUGGGGUCGUUCUACUGGAAUUGCUGACAGGAAAGCCAGCAGUUAGUGAGGGAACUGAAUUAGCCAAGUGGGUUUUAAGGAACUCAACACAGCAAGACAGGUGGGAUGGCAUCCUUGAUUUUAACAUCAGCAGGACUUCACCUGCUGUCAGAAGCCACAUGCAUGCGGUCCUUAAGAUUGCCCUUAGUUGUGUUAGUGUUUCCACAGAAGCAAGGCCAAAGAUGAAGAGCGUAUUAAGAAUGAUCCUCAAUGCACGAUGAAGACUGGCCUUCGGAAUACAAUCCUCCUAGAAACAGUAGUUCUAUAUAUUCGAAAGAUUAUACUUAGCAAGUUUUUAUUUCAAAUCUGUAAGUAGAAGACAGGUUUCUUGCUGGACAGAACGAGGCAGCUGUUGCAAGCCGACUUGCAUGUAAUCUGCAAUUCCUAUGUAUACAUAAUACAUAAAUGAAAAUUUUUAGUAAUGUAUCUA